UUUUUUGUAAAUUUUUAAGAACGAACGUAAAUUUUGUGCGAUUUUUCACUUGACACGAAACAGUUUAUACAAAUUAUUAAGAUAUCAUGGAGCCGCUUCGAGCACGUAAUUCCGCUAAGCUAAAGGUCAACUUGCCGCAGCCACUUGGCAAAUCUGAGAAAAAUGUACAGCAUUGUUUCGACUUUUCAGAGGAUGAGAAGAAAAUUAUUGGUGAACUAAAGCAACUGUAUAUGGAUACCAUCAAUCUAGAUGUCAAGAUGCAGCGUGAAAUUUACAAUAUGGAAAAACUUUACGAGCAGAAACACAACGAGAUAUUCGACAAGCGCAAAAAGUUGCUUGAGGAAUACAAGAAACAAAUUCAUGGUGAUUCUAAUUCCAAUGACAGUGUGGCACGUUUUUGGCUCAAAGUGCUUAAAGCCUCCUACACCGAAUUCAUCGGCAAGGAGGAUGAGAAAAUUUUAUCGUACUUAUGUGAUAUACGAACCAAGCACUAUAAUGAAGACGUCGUUAAGUUUGUCAUCGAGUUUACUUUUGAGAAGAACGAUUACUUCAAGAAUCGUGUAUUGACAAAGACCUACAUUUUGAACUGUGUGCCCGACAAGGAGGACCCAUUGUCCUAUGACGGCGCUGAGAUAGUCAAAUGCGAAGGCUGCCACAUCGACUGGAAACCAUCUUUGGAGCGCGAGAAAAAUGAUCAGCCGUCAUUCUUUGACUUCUUUACGCCGCCAGUUCUGCCGGAUGAUCCCGAGGAUCCCAAUUUUAGUGACAUAAACGCCAUACUGCAGAACGACUUUGAGUUGGGUUUCUACUUGAAGGAGCGCGUCAUACCGAAGGCCGUUAUCUUCUUUACUGGCGAAAUCGCCGACUGUCAGAGCUCAGAUGCCUCGGACUCGGAGACAGAGGACAGCGAGGAUGAAUCCGAGGUCGAGGAGGAAGAGGAGGAGUCUUCCAACAACGAAAAUGACAAGUAACAGAUGCAGUUAUUUUUAACCACUAGUUAACCGUGUAUUGAAUUUUCACACGUGUUUUCUGUUUGAAUG